AUGGCCGACGUUCACAACCCGCCGCUCAACUACGAAGCCUCCAGCACGACGACGAACCCACAAAUCGCAACGACCCUUCCACCUGAAGUAUCCCAAUGCCUGAAGAACGCUCGUUUCCUUCAUCUCGCGACAAUCAGCGCGACUGAGACAUCUCCUGCGACACCGCACGUCUCUCUGAUGAACUAUACUUUCCUACCUUCAUAUAACGACCAUGGCCCCGUCAUCAUCAUGACCACAAAUGCGCAGUCCAUGAAGACACAAAAUCUGCGGCACAACCCCAAAGUGUCAAUACUCGUCCACGACUGGGUGUCACAUAGACCGCCCACGGCUUCCUCUGUAAGUGGCGACCGUGCAGGCUCUCCGCCGGCCGCAGCAACAAGGUCCAGUCUCGCCAGUCUGCUGCUGAACCUGAAUACUUCGGCUUUGAGCUCAAUAUCAACCACCAUCGCGGGUGAAGCGAGAUUUCUAGAGCAGGGAAGCGAAGAGGAAAGGUGGUGCAAAGCAGCUCAUCUGGCGAACAACACUUUUGGGGAACAAGUCAGGCAGGAGGCUGGGUUUUUCGGUGCACCGCCACAAAAUCCAGAGACCGAGAACAGCAGUUGUUAUAUUGAAGGUGAUGAUGUCAGGGUGGUUGUCGUCCCCGUCCGAGAAGGCAGAACAGCAGAUUGGAAGGGAGGCGUCAAGGAUUGGGUGUUGGUCGAGGAAGGUGCUCCGUUUGCCUCUGGUGAAGCCAGCGGUGAAAGGGGAAGAAGUAAUGGGCAACCCUUGGUCAAUGGUAUCAUUUCUUGA